AGAUGGCAAGUUGACAACUAGACACCACCCGUCGACGAUAAAGCUGCUGCUACAUUCGGAACCAGGCUAGCAGUAAUUAUAUAUUUCUUUACUUACUGAGUGUUGGAAACUAACUCACUAAUUUCGUUUUGGGUUGGGCUGCAGCACCAGUUGCUGACACUGCAAGGUGGGGGAGUAGGCUAUUGAGAUUAGAUGCUCGAGAGAUAUUUUUGUUGUUGAUGAGCCGAGCAACAUGGACACAAAGAACAAAAGAUGAAGUGACUCACCCGAAGGAGCAUGCUGGCCACAAAGAGACAGAAGAUUCGAUGUCACCGACAUGAACGUGCAAGCGGCGCAGAAAUAAGCUGAGGGAUGACAUCGCUGGCUGUCGGCGUGGUCCUUUGUCUAACAGGCUGGAUCACUCUCUACACACUACUGUGUAACACCAAUGGCAGCCACGGUUCUGAGUGGAAUUGUAGGCUGGUCACACUGCUCCAUGGAAUCCUGGCCGUCUGUAUAACAGCAUACAUAGGCUAUGUGGAUGGACCUUGGCCCUUCACACAUCCAGGCACAAAGAACACUCCCCUUCAGAUCAGUGCUAUGGUCAUUAGCCUGGGCUACUUCUUCUUCGAUAUGGGCUGGUGUGUUUAUUUCCGCACCGAAGGCCCGGUGAUGCUGGCUCACCACACCAUGAGCAUCCUGGGUAUUUUGUUGACCCUGAGCUUGGGAGAAUCAGGCAUCGAGUCCUGCGCCGUGCUCUUUGGCAGUGAGAUCACCAACCCCCUGCUGCAAACUCGCUGGUUCCUGAGACAGUUGGGUCGCUAUGAGAGCCUGACAGGGGAGGUGGUGGAUGUUCUGUUUGUGGUGCUAUUUGUGUUCAUGCGCAUAGUGGUUGGCGGGAGGAUGUUGUACUGCGAGCUCAUCUCCCCACGGCCCAGGUUAAUUAUAAAGUGUGGGGGAGUUGCCAUGUAUGUGCUGUCCUGGGUGUUCAUGGUGGACAUUGGUCGUUUCGCCUACCGCAAGAGUCAAUCCAAAUACAGACGCUGGAGAGACCAACACAAAUUGGCAGCAGUUAACGGAAAGGCCGACUGAAAGACUUCCUUAUCAUUAGAAGAUGAAUAAAAACAUCUAAUGUUUAUACUAAUAGAACUUCUUUAACAAAUGAUUAACUACCAAUGAUUGUGUAUGAUUAUUGGGGAGUAGUCUUUGGUAUUCAGCUUACACUUGUACAUUAUUGUGCUCAGUUCAGGAAAACCAAGAUGCUCAGUUUAGACAUACACUGUUCAUCACUCACUUUGGGUUAAUAAACUGGGUGGUUCGAGCCCUGAAUGCUGAUUGGCUGACAGCCGUGGUAUAUCAGACCGUAUGCCACGGGUAUGAGACAACCAUUUUUUUUAUUGCUCUAAUUACGUUGGUAACCAGUUUAUAAUAGCAAUAAGGCACGUUGGGGGUUUGUGAUAUAUGGCCAAUAUACCACUGCUAAGGGCUGUUUCCAGGCACUCCGUGUUGCGUCAUGCAUAAGAACAGCCCGUAGCCGUGGUAUAUAUGCCAUAUACCACACCUCCUCGGGCCUUCUUGCUUAAUUAUAACACAGGUUCAUUGGAAGGUAAUUUACAGUGCCUUCAGAAAGUAUUCACAACCUUUUCCCUCAUUUUGUUCAAGUAAAAUUCAAUUUCUCACAUGCUUUGAAGACAACGGGUGAAACAGUGAAAUGCUUACUUACGGAUCAAUUUCCAACAAUGCAGAGUUAAAGAUAAGAUUAGAAAAUGUAAUAAAAAAAUGAAAUAUUAACAUAAUAAAUAAAUACACAUUGAAUAAGGAGUAAAAAUAACAUGGAUAUAUUAGCAAGUAGAAAAUAACAUGACUUUAUAAAGGGAGUACCAAUACCGAGUCGAUGUGCAGGGAUACGAGGUAAUUGAGGUAGCUAUGUAAUGUACAUAUAGGUAGGGGUAAAGUGACUAGGCAACAGGAUAGAUAGACAGACAGUAGCAGCAGCGUGUGUGUUGUCUUACAGCCUGAAUUUUAAAAUUGGAUUCAAUUGAGAUUUUCGGUCACUGGCCUACACACAAUAACCCAUAAUGUCAAAGUGGAAUUGUUAGACAUUUUUACAAAUUAAUUAUAAAUGAAAAGCUGAAACGUCUUGAGCAGUGGUGGAAAAAGUACCCAAUUGUCAUACUUGUGUAAAAGUAAAGGUACCUCAAUAGAAAAUGACUCAAGUAGAAAUGAAUGUCACCCAUUUUAAAAUACUACUUUGGUAAAAGUCUAAAAGCAUUUGGUUUUAAAUAUAGUUUAGUAUCAAAAGUAAAUGUAAUUGGAAAAAAUAUACUUAAGAAUCAAAAAAGUAUAAAUAAUUUCAAAUAGCUUAUAUUAAGCAAACCAGACUGCACAAUUUUCUUGUUUUUUAAAAUGUAUUUAUGGAUAGCCAGGGGCACACUCCAACACUCAGACAUAAUUUACAAACCAAGCAUUUGUGUUUAGUGUGUCCACCAGAUGAGAGGCAGUAGGGAUGACUAGGGAUGUUAUGUUGACAAGUGUGUGAAUUUGACAAUUUUCCUGUUCUGCAAAGCUUUCAAAAUGUAAUGUGUAAUUUUGGGUGUCAAGGAAAAUGCAUGGAGUAAAAAGUACAUUAUUGUCUUUAGGAAUGUAGUGAAGUAAAAUUUGCGAGAAAUAUAAAUUGUAAAGUACAGAUACCCCAAAAAACUACUUAAGUAGUACUUUAAAGUAUUUUUACUUAAGUACUUUACACCACUGGUAAUGAGUCAAUAAGUAUUCAAUCCUUUUGUUAUAGCAAGCCUGAAUAAGUUCAGGAGUAAAAUUGUGCUUAACAAGUCACAUAAUAAGUUGCAUGGACUCACUCUGUGUGCAAUAAUAAUUAAUAAUUAUUUUUUAAAUGACUACCUCAUCUCUGUAACCCACACGUAAACAUAUUUUGUAAGGUUCGACAGUUGAGCAGUGAAUUUCAAACACAGAUUCAAGCACAAAGACCAGGGAGGUUUUCCAAUGCCUUGCAAAAAAUGGCACUGAUUGAGCAUGGUGAAGUUAUUCAAUACACUUUGGGUGUAUUGAUCCAACAUCCAAUCACUAAAAAGAUACAGGCGUCCUUCCUAACUCAGUUGCCAAUGAGGAAGGAAACCGCUCAGGGAUUUCACCAUGAGAUCAAUAAUGACUUUAAAACAGAGUUGAAUGGCUAUGAUAGGAUAAAACAUUGUAGUUACGCCACAAUACUAACUAAUUGACAGAGUGAAAAGAAGGAAGCCUGUACAGAAUUUAAAACAUGCAUCCUGUUUGCAACAAGGCACUAAAGUAAUACUGCAAAAAAUGUGGCAAAGCAAUUAUGUUUGGGGCAAAUACAAUACAACACUUUACUGAGUACCACUCUUCAUAUUUUAAAGCAUGGUGGUGGCUGCAUCAUGUUAUUGGUAUGCUUGUAACCACUAAGGGCUGGGGAGUUUUUCAGUAUAAAAAAAAUAAACUAAAUGGAGCUAAGCACAGGCAAAAUCCUUGGAUAAAUCUACACUGAAGCUGUUCACUAAGAAGACAGUGAAUGUGGCUGAGUUACAGUUUUGACUCAAAUCUGCUUGAAAAUCUAUGGUAAGACUUAAAAAGAAUAAUGGGCAAAUGUUGCACAAUCCAGAAAGCUCUUAGAGACUUACCCAGAAAGACUGACUGUAAUCGCUGCCAAAGGUGAUUCUAACAUGAAUUGAAUUCUUAUCUAAUCAAGAUAUAUUUGUUUUGUUUUUCAUAAAUGUUUUACAAAUGCUAGAAUUUGUCUUCCACUUUGACAUUAGAGUAUUUUGUGUAAAUAUUUGGGGGAAAAACAAUACAAUUAAAUCAAUUUUAAUCCCACGUUUCAACACUACAAAAUGUGGAAAAAGGCAAGGGGUGUGAAUACCUUUUUGAAGGCACUGUAUUUCUAUAUUGCAAUUAUGCUGCAUUUUACAGAACAUUUACUAACAUAAAAUGUAUUGCUAAAUGGACUUACUUGCACCAAUUUUGAGCAUAGCUGAUAUUGUUGGUGAUGGUAGAAAAUGAAGGGGUCAUGCAAUCUUAUGAAACUUCUACAGUGUAUUUGUGUGUGUGUGUGUGUGUUGGUCAUUUAAGUGGUUUUUGUUUUGUUUUUGUGUAUUUAGCUGAGGGAUGACAUCGCUGCCUAUUGGCGUGGUCCUCUGCCUAACAGGCUGGAUCACUCUCUACAAACUACUGUGUAAUAACAAUGAAAGCCGUGGCUUUGAGUGGAAUUGUAGGCUGGUCACACUGCUCCAUGGCAUCCUGGCGGUCUGCAUAACAGCAUACAUAGGCUAUGUGGAAGGACCUUGGCCCUUCACACAUCCAGGCACAAAGAACACCCCCCUUCAGAUCAGUGCUAUGGUCAUUAGCCUGGGCUACUUCAUCUUCGAUAUGGGCUGGUGUGUGUACUUCCGCACAGAGGGCCCGGUGAUGCUGGUCCACCACACGAUGAGCAUCCUGGGUAUCUUGUUGACCCUGAGCUUGGGGGAAUCGGGCAUCGAGUCCUGCGCCGUAAUCUUUGCUAGCGAGAUCACCAACCCCCUGCUGCAAACUCGCUGGUUCCUGAGACAGUUGGGUUGCUAUGAGAGCCUGACAGGGGAGGUGGUGGAUGUUCUGUUUGUGGUGCUAUUUGUGUUCAUGCGCAUAGUGGUUGGCGGGAGGAUGUUGUACUGCGAGCUCAUCUCCCCACGGCCCAGGUUAAUUAUAAAGUGUGGGGGAGUUGCCAUGUAUGUACUGUCCUGGGUGUUCAUGGUGGACAUUGGUCGUUUCGCCUACCGUAAGAGUCAAUCCAAAUACAGACUCUGGAGAGACCAACACAAAUUGGCAGCAGUUAACGGACAUGUCGGAAAGACCGACUGAAAGACUUCCUUAUCAUUAGAAGAUUAAUAAAAACAUCCAAUGUUUAUACUAAUAGACAACCUUAAUACAUUUAAUGGUUGUGUAAGCAUGGGGUUAAAGUCAACCCAUUCUUUAGGCCUAUAUGGUUAUAUGGGAAUAUGUUGGUGUUUAGCUAACACUUGUACAUUUAAAAAAAAAAAAUAACAAGUGCAAGAGAAUGAUGCAAAAGCAUCUUCAAAAAUGUACAACUGUAGAAAAAAAAUUGAGAUAUAGUUUCUUUUGAAACCAAAGGACCUAGUGCCAAUAUGAUGAACAGAUGUAUUUCACAACCUAUUUACAAUUAACUGUAACCUAAUAGUAUGUUCUUCUAACCUUGUAUCCAGCAAUAAGUUGACUAUUGGGAAAUAGGCACAUAACAUUCCCUAAUCCUCAUAGGUUCGGCAACACUUUUUUGCGGCAGUGAAAUUGAACCGAAACUGUUUCUUUCCUUUUGCAGUAUUUUGUUGUAUGCAGAAAUGCAACUUUUUAUAAAUAUUUUGCAAUGUUUUGAGUCAAAUUUUUCUCAUUUGAGUCUGUCUAAUUUGAAUUGUAGUACAAUUUAUAAGCCAUUUAAAAACAUUCCAUUUGGUUUUUAGGAAGAGGUUUAUUAACGCUCGCUGAGAUUGCAGUGUUACAUGACACUGGCUUUUAUAUAACAUACAACUCAGUAAAAAGCUACAUGUUUCUUGUGAUAACUGUCUUUCCAUUUAGCUACAAUAUGGGUUUUUCAUUAAAGCGAACAGCAACAAAUCCGUAACACGUGGAACAAAGUAAUUGUGUAACAUACUGUAAUAGUAUGUUUUUGUGGCAUUCCAUUGCUUGAUUGGGUGUAUAUUAGUCAUUGUAAAUUAGUUUAAAAUAACAAUUGUAUGCAUGGUAUUGCUUAAAAUGUUCCAGUAUGAUGCUAAGUCACAUUUCCCAAUAUUGUAUGCAUUCAUAUUUGAAAUUCACUACUUUUCGAUGAAAUAUUUCAAUCUGGUGCCUCAAUAGUUAGACAAUGUGGAAUUGUUUGUCAACAUUCACCACCCCUGUGUCUUAGUUAAAAAUACCAAUGGGUAAACAAUAAUUUGUGCUAAAUGUUUGUGCACUGUAUUGCUUAAAAUGUUCCAGUAUGAUGCUAGGUCACAUUUCCCACUAUUGUAUGCUUUCAUAUUUGAAAUUCACUACUUUUAUAUGAAAUAUUUAAAUAUGGUGCCUAAAUAGUUAGAUAGCAUUCCACAUACUGUAUGUCAACAUUCACUACCCCUGUGAUAAAGGAGAAUAAAUAUGUGUGCCUUUGACUUU